AUGGUUCUUCAGAAUACAGGAAAAUUUCAUGCAACGAAAGAUGGUGAUGCUGGAGAAUCCUCAGGAAGUCGUGAAGAUUCUGCAGAGAAGCGCUUGAAAAGAGCCAUCCUUAAUGACGAGAUUGAUGUACGAUUUGGCUAUGAGCGCCAUAAAGAUACGACAGAGAAAACAGGAUGGCUAAUUAACAUUCAUCCAACUGACAUUCUAGAUGCAGACAAGAGACUAGUCAGUGCUGUAGACUUCUACUUCCUUCAGGAAGACGGGGGUCGAUUUAAGGCAACUCUUCCAUUUAAGCCAUACUUUUAUGUGGCAUCUAAACAAGACUGUGAUAGGGAGGUAGCUUCAUACCUGAGCCGCCGAUUUUCUGGGAAGAUUGCCAAAAUUGAGACAGUUUACAAAGAAGAUCUAGAUUUGCCCAACCAUCUUGUAGGACUGAAGAGAUCCUACAUCAAACUGUCCUUCUUUAGCACAGAAGAGCUACUGAAGGUCCGCAGGGAGAUAUUUCCGGCAGUGAGGAAAAACAAGGAGAGGGAGAAGAAUUCUAAUGGUUACACCAGUAUGCUGGCUAGUCAUUUUGCUGGGGAAGAUGCAGUUGGGGUCUCCAAGAAGAUAUCAGAUCAGAUGGAGAACAUUGUGGACCUCAGGGAAUAUGACGUUCCCUACCACGUCCGUGUCUCCAUUGAUCUGAAGAUUUUUGUGGGUCACUGGUAUUCUGUGAAAGGCCGAUCAUCUCAGGAACUUGACAUUCAGAGAAGAGAAGAUCUGGUAGCCUGGCCAGACCCAGUGGUGUUGGCUUUUGACAUUGAAACAACAAAACUGCCACUGAAGUUCCCAGACUCGCAGACAGAUCAGAUUAUUAUGAUCUCCUACAUGAUUGAUGGGCAG